GCAAAUCGUCUAUGCUAGAGGAGUCCGCUUCAUGCUGAUAAGCAUGGCUUUUAACGACGCUGAGGCCGCGGACGAAAAUAUGAAAUAGCGCUUUUAGCGCCAGGCAUUAAUCUUUGUGGUUAUAUUGGCGUUAAGGAUUAUUGUAAAAUGAUAGCAUCUACCUUAGCGUAACAGGAGCGGUAUCUUCUCCUCGCUGGAUACCGGUAGAGCACAAGGAUGUUGAACCCUUUGGGUGCAGUUGCCGUUGUCCUGGCAGGUCUUCAAUCUGCUUUGUUCCUACAAGAGGGUACAACUUUGGCACCAGCGUCUUGGGCAGUAAUAUCCUGCUGCAUCUGGCUACUUUUCGUGCUGAGCAAAGGGGGCUGGGCGCAGCUUAGUACAACUGACGCCAGACGCUUUUACCUCGGUAUAAGCGCGGCGGUGCUAUUCCUGCAGUUCCUCCAAUAUGACCAGGAAUUCGAGGGAUGGAGUUCCGUCUACUACUUCUGCGGAAGCCGGCUGCAGUACUGUACCUGUGGAUUUAGGUGGAACUUGUACGGCUGGAUGAAGGCGGCUGUGCUGUGGGUUUUCACGUUGUCAGCCACGCUGGGAGCCCAGCAGUUGAUCAUCCAGGCGGGACUGGGCGGCUUGCUGCCCGGCGAGGAGUCGGUGACGCGUGAGUCCUUCAUCUCCAUCUGCUGGCGACUCAUCCCCUACUGGCUCAACAACUGGGAGCAGCACUGGGGCGCCGAGGUGUCUUCCAUGACCUUCGAGCUGCCGCAUUUCGCGGUUGAGUUGCUGAUCAUCCUGCCCUGCUGUCAGAUCAUCUGCUCGCGUCUGAAGCUGCUCAUCACGCCAGCUGAGCGCAUGGGGCUGCUGGGGCCGCUGCAGGAGCGGCUACAGCAGCAGCAGCAGGAGAGGGAGCGGGG